GAGGGUGCUUUCCACACUACUCAGACCACAAUCCACUAUGAUCAACACAGAGAACAGAGUUGACAAGCAGCAGAUAAAACUAAACAGGAUUUCAAACAGGGCCCGUAAGGAGCUCAAGUCACCAUAGACAAAACAUUCCACAUUCAGCGACCUCAUGUCCUGUUUGUUACAUCUAAAGUUGUCGCACUUGUUGAGGUCUCAACAUUUGAGAGAAAUUGAGAAAUUGCGGAGAAAGGGUGCUAUGGAAAAAAAAAAAACAGGAAAUACUUACAUAUCUCAUCAUCAUUGCCACCGCAUUAGAUGACAUUUCAGCAGCGACACACCUUUUCGUCUUGUGACCUUGCCGCUGUUUAACCACUUCGGUCCACAUCAGCAUCUGCAGCUACUGAUGUGUUCUACCCAGAUGUCUCAUCCAGUGAUGAAAAACCAACUGACGUUCAUCGUACAACUGAAGCUUUGGCAGAAAAAGCAGCUCCUCCUCCUCUCCUUUGUUCUAUCUGGCAUUUUUUUAAAGUGGAUGCUCCCUUUUCAGAGCCAUGAAAACCUUUUUUACAACAGCAGCCACAGUGCAGGGAACAUAACUAUCCUACUGUGGUACUGGCCUUUUGGCGUUCAGCACAACCUGGAGGGCGACAUCUGCCUGGAGAGUUUUGGAAUCUCUGGCUGCCAUCUGGUAGAUAACCGCACACACUACCCCCUCGCUGAAAUAGUGGUGUUUCAUCACCAUGAGCUGAAGUUGCAAGUCCAGACGUUGCCUCUCCAUCUCCCUCGGCCAGCCUCUCAAAGAUGGGUCUGGCUGUCUCUGGAAGCCCCGGAAAACAACGGCAAUAUGAAUCAGUACGCGGGCCUCUUCGACCUGACCAUGUCAUACAACCCUGCUGCGGACAUUACAGUGCCGUAUGGGAAAUCUGUGCCCAAGAAGAGAGAUGGUGAGGAAGGGCCUGGCGACUUCACCCUCUCAACAAAUAAGAGUGAGCUGGCCUGCUGGGUGGUCUCAAACUACAAGAAGUGGCACAAACGGAGCACAGUGUACAAGCAGCUGCAGCAGACCAUCGCGGUGCAGGUGUACGGCGAAGCUGUGAACAGGCCUCUGGAUCAGGGGUCGCUGCUAACCACCAUCUCACGCUGCUAUUUUUACCUGGCCUUUGAGAACACAGUCUCUCCACACUACAUCACAGAGAAGCUGUGGCGAAACGCCUUCCUGGGGGGUGCAGUGCCCGUGGUCUUGGGACCUCCACGCAGCGACUAUGAAGCUGUGGCACCACCACACUCUUUCAUCCACGUGGAUGACUUCGAAUCCACAGACGCCCUGGGCAGGUUCCUAACAGAACUGGCUAGAGAUGCAGAGCGCUACAAGUCAUACUUUGCAUGGCAUCAGAGCAACAGUAUCAAACUUUAUACAGACUGGAAAGAAAGACUCUGUACCAUCUGUGUUGUUUAUGAUAAACUGCCAUACCACAAAUACCAGGGCUUGGAAGCAUGGCCAACUGAUUGAUAAAGGACAUAGAUCUCGCACAUUACAUUUUCUUCCUUGUGAGUUCGGAGUGGUCUGUGUCUUUAUUACACAGGAAGGUACCUUUAUAGACCAGGCACGGUUAAGCUUAUCCACAAGUAAAGAAGAAAACCAAAAAAACAAAAAACACACAAGUUAAAAAAAAAACCCACGACACUUUCCAAAAAUCAAGCAAUGAUCAAGGGGUCUGGAUUAAUGUUUUAGUACCAUCGGUUACCGCACACUACUUAUGGGCAAGGACUUGGCAACUGAAACCAAUGAGGGAGGGCAGAGAGAAACCCUUACCAGUUGCACUUUAAUCCACAGGAUGUCAAGUGUAACCACCAAAAAAAAAAAAGCUUGCAAGUAGGUUGCGUAACAGAUCCAUAAACUUACCAGGGUAAUUUUUAUUAAAAAAGGAAACACUAGACUUGCCUCAGACAGUCCCUACCAGUCUUGACAAGACAUCUGUUUCCUCAAAACAUUCAUCACCCAUAAAUCAGUUUUUUGUUUUUUUGUUUUUUAAAAGGAAGACAUUACAAUACUUUGUGCAUUUUUUUUUAAUAUACUCUAAAGGACAAUAUAGUACCAGACUGUAGAAUUGUGCUUCAAUUGCUAGCAUUCAAAUUAUGUACCCGUCAAUUGCCAGAAAAGAUUUGUACAGGAAUAUUUCAAUAAAUUAUCAAAUUAGGCUUCAUUUACAAUGCAUGUGAGAAAGUAUAAUGUGAUAAUUAAGGCACAAACAUCUACAUUAACAAAUGCAGGAAUGAUUCAGCUGUGAGAAAGGAGAGCAAUGUCUGAUGCCCUUCCAGAGCCCACUUAUCCAUUUUAAAAAACCUACCCAGGCACUGUUAAAAUGCAACAUGUCAAAAGUCAGCAAUUUGUCCAGAAACGGCUCUACUCAAUACUGCAUAUGCUCAUUAUCAAAUACCGAAAAAGAGAAAGGGAAUCUGUACAUGAAUAAAGGG